CAGAGAGGAACUGCAGCCUCCCGUCACCUCCGCAGGACCACGACUCGCUAGGUGGGCGGAGCUCGCAGGCGUCGAAACCGGCCGUUGGCUACGCAUGCAGAGGCGGAGCUCAUAGGUCGCGCUCUGCCAAAGCCUGGGGCGGGGCCCCUGAAAGAGCGUCUUACUAUUGGCUUUCUCAGGAAGGCGGGUCUCUCAGUUACCACUCUCUAUUGGCUUUGCCGCACAGAGGCGGGCCCUAAAGGUGUCACGCCUUACCAUUGGCUGCGCCGGACGGGGGUCUGCGGCGCUUCUGUGUUGUCAUUCGGCGGCGAGUAGAGGACACGGGCAAGAUGGCGGCGGUGGCUGGUCUGGUGCGGGGACCUUUGCGGCAGGCUUCCGGGCUGCUGAAGAGGCGAUUUCACCGCUCGGCGCCCGCAGCGGUGCAGUUGACAGUUCGUGAAGCUAUUAAUCAAGGCAUGGAUGAAGAACUAGAAAGAGAUGAAAAAGUUUUUCUGCUUGGGGAAGAAGUUGCCCAAUAUGACGGUGCAUACAAGGUGAGCAGAGGCCUGUGGAAGAAAUACGGCGACAAGAGGAUCAUAGACACUCCCAUAUCAGAGAUGGGCUUUGCGGGAAUUGCUGUUGGUGCAGCUAUGGCUGGGUUGCGGCCCAUCUGUGAAUUUAUGACCUUCAAUUUCUCUAUGCAAGCUAUUGACCAGGUUAUAAACUCAGCUGCCAAGACUUACUACAUGUCUGCUGGCCUUCAGCCUGUGCCCAUAGUAUUCAGGGGGCCCAAUGGCGCCUCAGCAGGUGUAGCUGCUCAGCACUCACAAUGCUUUGCUGCAUGGUAUGGGCACUGCCCAGGUUUAAAAGUGGUCAGCCCCUGGAAUUCCGAGGAUGCAAAAGGACUUAUUAAAUCGGCCAUUCGUGAUAAUAAUCCAGUGGUGAUGCUAGAGAAUGAACUGAUGUAUGGAGUUGCAUUUGAACUUCCUGCAGAAGCUCAGUCAAAAGAUUUCCUGAUUCCUAUUGGAAAAGCCAAAAUUGAAAGGCAAGGGACCCACAUCACUGUAGUUGCCCAUUCAAGACCAGUGGGCCACUGCCUAGAAGCUGCAACUAUAUUGUCUAAGGAGGGAAUUGAAUGUGAGGUAAUAAAUCUGCGCACCAUCAGACCAAUGGACAUUGACGCUAUAGAAGCCAGUGUCAUGAAGACAAAUCAUCUCGUAACUGUGGAAGGGGGCUGGCCACAAUUUGGAGUAGGAGCUGAGAUUUGUGCCAGAAUUAUGGAAGGCCCUGCAUUCAACUUCCUUGAUGCCCCUGCCGUUCGUGUCACUGGUGCUGAUGUCCCUAUGCCUUACGCAAAGAUCCUAGAAGACAACUCCAUACCUCAGGUCAAAGACAUCAUAUUUGCAGUAAAGAAGACUUUGAAUGUCUAAUUUGGACUUUGAAUGUCAAGGCAUUGAAAUUUAUUUAAAAUACUUGUUGGGACUUCACCUGAUGUAUACUCCGAGACUUACUAGUCAGUCAUAAAGUUAAUGCUGAAGCGGCAGCAGGUGUCUCUGUACUGUUAAGUUUAAAUGUGCGUAUGAGUGGAGUGUUUCUACUCCCUACCGUAGAUGCUCUGCUUUCUCUGUUACUGUUAAGUUAGUCUAGUCUUUGAAUAAGAUUAAUAUAAAAAUUUGUCCUCUUUCACUAGGAGGGGUAAGAUAAGAAUGCCCCCACAGAAGAUAACUUAUAUGUCCAAAAAGUAUAUUAUCUACAUUUGCUGUUAAAUUGUUUUGAUAAGGAAUAAAGGGGAUUCCUACCUAUGA